UGACGUCAAUAAGAAGCGACGGUGAGCAGGCCUACGAAAUCAACACAUAAAAAUAGGACAGUGGGAAAAGUGUUUAUUGUUUUUGGUUAAAUAAAUCCGUUUGAUUAAACGCAAUGCCGAAAGUGAAGAGGAGCAGGAAACCACCUCCCGAUGGCUGGGAGUUGAUUGAACCGACCUUGGACGAACUAGAUCAAAAGAUGAGAGAAGCCGAGACGGAGCCUCACGAGGGAAAGAGGAAGGUGGAGUCCCUGUGGCCGAUAUUCAGACUGCACCACCAGAGGAGCAGAUAUAUCUUCGACUUGUUCUACAAGAGGAAGGCCAUCAGCAGAGAGCUGUACGACUACUGUAUAAAGGAGAGUUAUGCUGAUAAGAACCUGAUCGCUAAGUGGAAGAAGCAGGGGUACGAGAACCUGUGCUGUCUUCGCUGCAUCCAGACACGAGACACCAACUUUGGAACCAACUGCAUCUGUCGAGUCCCCAAGAGCAAACUGGAGGCCGGCAGGAUAAUAGAGUGUACCCACUGUGGCUGCCGGGGCUGCUCCGGCUGACUCGUCAGGAUCGCCUGGCUGUUCUACUCUGGAUCGUCUAGUCAGGUCUGGAUCGCCUGGCUGUUUUGCUGUGGAUCGUCUAGUGUGGCCUGGCUGUUCUUCUCUGGAUCGUCAGUUAUUUUCUACGGGACAUCAGGGCUCAUCUACUCCACCUGUGUGCUUUAUGA